AUGCAGAAUAAUCAGCAGAACCGCCUCCACCUAAACUUCGGUUUCAACAACGACCGGAACUUUGCCGCGGAGCAGGGCCGUGCAUAUCCCACCACGCCCUCCACUUUCCCCCAGCCUGUCUACCCGAACCAGAACGGCCAGCAGGAGGUCUGGGGCACCCAGCAAGCGAACAACGCCUACGGAGGUGCCGGCUACUUCAUGAACGCUCAAGGCUACUCGCCACAGUACCAGGGCAUGCAGCCCCCGCAGGCUGCCUACCGCGCCCCCCAGGGCUACAACGACGGCACCAAUGGCCUUGUCCACCAGUUCUCUAACCAGAACCUGGGCACCCCUCGCUCCGGCAGCCCGUACGGUCGCCAGCCGUCGCCCAAUCCCCAGCGCCCGCGCACUGCUGGCUCCUCGGGCCAGCAGCAGUAUGGCAACUACCUGAGCGCCCACAUGCCCGGUCAGCACCAGCCCUCGCUCAAUGACGACGAGCCGCCGCCAAAGAACCCCGACAAGUACACCGACAACAUCGUCAAGCGCGCCCGUCUGUCUACCGGCUUGGUGAGCGAUUUCUUCCGCCAGAGCGUGCAGCGAGCUCGUGACAGGAACGCCAGAGCACUCGAGCUUGAACAAAUCCUCUCGAACCCGAACAUCUCAGAAGCGAAGAAGCAGGCAAAGAUCCAGGAUGUCCAACAAGCAGAGAUGAGGUUCCUUCGCUUCUUGCGGACGCGCGAGAGACCGGAGAACUUUGUCACCGUCAAGAUCAUCGGAAAGGGUGCGUUUGGUGAGGUCAAGCUGGUGCAGAGGAAGAACGACGGUAAGGUGUACGCCUUGAAGUCCCUCAUCAAGGCAGAGAUGUUCAAGAAGGACCAACUUGCUCACGUCCGCUCUGAGCGUGAUAUUCUCGCCGAGUCGGACAGCCCUUGGGUCGUCAAGCUCCACACCACUUUCCAGGACAACACCUUCCUGUACAUGCUCAUGGAGUUCUUGCCCGGCGGUGACUUGAUGACUAUGCUCAUCAAGUAUGAGAUUUUCACGGAAGACAUCACUCGCUUUUACAUGGCUGAGCUUACUCUGGCCAUUGAGGCUGUCCACAAGCUUGGCUUCAUACAUCGUGAUAUCAAACCGGACAACAUUCUCCUGGAUCGCGGUGGCCACAUCAAGCUCACCGAUUUUGGCCUGUCUACUGGUUUCCACAAGGAGCAUGAGGCAUCAUACUAUCAGAAGCUCCUCUCGGGCAACACGCAAAAAUCCUCGAACCGCGACAACCGUAACUCCGUUGCCAUCGACCAGAUCCAGCUCACGGUCAGCAAUCGUACACAGAUCAACAGUUGGCGCAAGUCCCGUCGUCAAUUGGCCUACUCGACCGUCGGUACGCCCGAUUACAUUGCUCCCGAGAUUUUUAGCGGAAAAGGUUACGACUAUGGCUGCGACUGGUGGUCCGUCGGUACCAUCAUGUUCGAGUGUCUUAUUGGCUGGCCGCCGUUCUGCGCUGAGGAGCCCCAUGACACCUACCGCAAGAUUGUUGACUGGCCUCGCAACCUGCACUUCCCGCCAGACCAGCAACUUGGCGCCGAAGCGGAGGACUUCAUCAGGAGACUCAUCUGCAAUGCCGAGGACCGUCUGGGCCGCAUCGGCGGUGGACACGAGAUCAAGCAGCACCCCUUCUUCCGCGGGGUGCAGUGGGAUGGUCUCCGCAAGAUCAGGGCGCCGUUCGAGCCGAAGCUGCAAUCCAACGUCGACACGCAGUACUUCCCGAUUGACGAGAUUGACCAGCACGACAACUCGGCGGCACUCCGGGCGCAGACUGCGCACCAGACCGAGGACAUGGCGGCCGAGAUGAGCUUGCCGUUUAUCGGUUACACGUACAAGCGUUUCGAUGCUUUCCGCGGCUCGUAG